UGAUGGUGAUGAUGAUGAUGAUGGUGAUGAUGAUGGUGAUGGUGGCCGUGUCCGUGGUGCACGGCGGCGCCUAUCACCACUUCCUUCUCGUAGCAGGCGGCGGCCAUGUUGUCGGGUGCUUCCUCCUCCUCCUCCUACUAUCCGGGCUUCCGCCGGUGCGCCGCCGUCCCUUCUUGCACGCCCGGCGCUGACGACGACCCACGAUGACCCACGGUGUCGAACGCUAGGCCCUCAUCACGCGGGUGGACGACGACCGCGAGGAUUUUCGCCGGGAUGCUUCGACGUCGCUCCGUCGUCGAGGAGUGAGCGACCAGGAAAUUCCUCCUUGACCGAUCACGGGGACACAGGAAGUUGCGUCAGGGUGGUCAGUGACCACCGCGAUGACGGUACUCCCCGAUUGUAUUCGUGCACUCACGAGCGAGCCGGGGAAUAGGAUUGUAGCUCAUCGCCGCGGUAUCAGCCUUGACCAAGGGUUGGACCAAGAGGAUAUAUCCAACACCGAGGACAAGCUUUCGAAGAAAUAUUCGGGUGGCAGCACUGCCUCUUUAUUAAAGACCGGCGCUACCUAUCCAAGGCACGUGAAGGCGAGUGAGAUCAGAGACGCCGCUGUGCAAGUGCAAGCGCAUUGUGCAGAACAUCCGAUCCGUCCUGAUCUGGAAAUAACUCCAGUGUACCUGAAGAAGAACAUCCUCGAAGCCGUUCGGCAAUUGUACGGCGAGGAGGGAGCCAAGAGUCGGAUAGACAUUCUAAAGUUCAACCCUGCGAAUCGCAGAUUCAUCUUGCGCUGUCCAUCUGACGCCUACACGCUGCUACGAGCCUCCUUAACUUUAGCCACCAAAUACGAGGGCGAGACGUGCGUGUACACGAUACACCGAGCGUCCAGGAAUUUACUAUCCUUCACCGCUGACAGCAGGACGUUUAACCACGGAGAGGUAGUCUAAGGAUACAA